UACUGCAAGUAUGACAGGAAAAGCAUGAACCCUUGACGGUACUUUAGAAAAAAAAUUGACUGCUGUGUUCUAUAGAUUUAAAAAAAAAACUUCAAUGAUAGAAAGUUUGUUUAUUAUAUGGGUGAAAUUCAACCUGUCAUAUUCAAAAUUUUGAGCGUGUGAUAGCUCUGUAUGGAAACCGUUGCGCUAGUUAUAAAAACAAGUACAGCUCUGUGCAGGUGUUGUUUCGUGUGGUAGGUGACGUGUGAAGUUUCUCAACACCUUACAGACUCGAGACAGCUGAAAACAUCUGACACCAAUGGAGGAUGUUAUUGUACCUAUACCAGCAAAUGCACAGGAAGACGCCAAACUGGAAAAUAAAAUUUCAAGACAAACCGACUCAAGGCAAAAACAGCUCCAUUGGACUAUAAUAAAAUGGACGACAACAAUAAUUUUGUCCUGUGCUAUGUUAGUGCUUCUAGUGUCCACAAAGUUGACUUUUCUAGGCCUGUCAAGGUACCUGAACACCACAAAUUCAACUCUUGAAGACCAGGUACACUAUGAAACGACCAGGAUUCUCAUCUACUUUACAAUCACGGCUCCGUAUUGGCUGUUCCUUGUUCGGGCAGUGCUCAUGGUGGCGUUGACUCAAAAUAAUUGCUGGCCGACCAAGAGUGGAAUAUUUUGGUGCGUUGCCAUUGGAACCCUGGAACCUGCUGGCAUAGUGAUCUUCACAUUCUGUGUGCUGCCCUUCACUGAUUCGUUGACUUGCCUCUACAUCAUGUCAGCCUCGAUAUCUUUCCCUGUAGUAAGGGUAUUGAUACAGAUCGUUCGGGGGCGAUUCACUAACUCCUAUACCAACCAGCGUUUCUUGAGUGCAGCCAUAAUUCUUUCUGGAUUGGCUUGGCUAACUGUCCAUGUGCUCAAGAUGACCUUCACCUCGUCCAGUGACCAUCUGGUUGUCUUGGCAGCCGUUAGCAUCCUGUUGGUCAAUCUGGCCCACAUCCCUUACAGCUGUCUACACGUGAGCACACAUCUAAACUACACAGGGGAUGCGAGACGGUUCUGGAAAAGGAAAGAAGCCAACUCAACAUGGAAAUCCUCUUUGAUUGUUUACUUUGUCAAAUCUUUAUCCACCCUAGUGGCAUCAGCUGUGGUCUAUUUCAUCCAAAACACCCUACACCUACACAUUCAGUAGCUUUAAACUCAACUUCGACAUGAACACCAUCUCGACUGUCUUUAACUACCAGUUCUACAUUCAUAUCUUCGCUGGAUGCGGCUGCUAUAUUCUCUUUCUGUUGGCGUGCCGCGCCAAUUUGAAACGGACAUGUCUCGGGCUCCCUUUGGUUUUGUCUUUCCCCUGCGCCAUUUUGUUGGUCGGCUGCAAUAAAGUGUGCCAGACGAUAGUCCGACGGGAAGAGAUAUGUGAUGCGCAUGCGUUUAAGUCCGCGUGGGAUGUACCGAUACUGAUUGGCUUCUGUGUGUGUUAUAUCGUGGUGGCUGUAAAAGGGUUGCGGACGUACGUGGACACGUCUUCGCAGGAUGAG